UAUAUAUGUAUAAGUAAUUUAUGUAUUUCGUCGUGACUCGUGAUAUCAGAAAAAGGAAAAAAAGAGCCUAACAUUAUUUAUAGCUGUACACAAAAUAACUUGAUCAAUUCAUCAGUUUUAUUUUGAGAAUUAGAGCAAGCAUUCUAAAAUUUUUAUCUAACAAAAGAUCAACUUUUGAAAUUAAUUCGUGUAGUAAUUGGUUGGCUUUUCAUCAAAAAUUAUUUAAGAAUGCACAGAUCAGGGCCAUUUGACAGACCAGAACUGGAAGAUAUGCUCGAUCAUUUACAACUUAAUGGUAGUGAUCGUAAUGUUUACUUCUAUGAAAGUCAAAAUAAAGUUAAUUCCUUUGUUAGCGAAGAUCAUAGAUGUCCAAAUGUUUCUGAAAAUUAUAACAAACUAUGUAAUAAUUUGAAUCAAUCUAUUCAAACUGUUGCGAUGUCCGAUGACGAUACUGAUAGUUGUGAUGACGAGAAAUUUGAAUCUUUUGUGAAUAGUAGAUUAAAUGUAGUAUCAAAAUCAAUUGACAAUCACAUACCUCAAGAGAUUAACAAAACUCUUUCAGAAAAACCUUUUCUAUCUAAAAAAAUCAAUAAUUUUCUCCAAAAUAAUUCAUAUUCUCAGUUGUGUACAACAUCGAAACAAAAUAUAUUGCUACCCAAUAAGUCUAUUCCUUUCAAGCAGCAUACAGAAAUACGGAAUCAAGCAAUUAAUUUUAAAACACCACUAAAAUUGAAAACGAAAAAUAUGCCUAAUAGUAGUAUAUUAAACCUUUUGGACAAUGCUGCGUCACCAAGUACUGAUAGUCCUCCCAUAUUAAAGCUCAAAAGUUUGAACUCAAAUACUCAUUCCGUGGAUUAUCGGCCUAAAAGAACUCAUUCAAUAACAGAAUCUGAUUUCGAUCAUUUUUCUUUAAGAAAAAAAGCAAAAACAUGUAUGUCCAAAAUUUCAGCUUAUGUUCCAGUGGCAAAAUUUUUAAGAAGUAGACAAUUAAAAACCAUAAGUCUUUAUGUUCGAAGUCCAGGAAAUUUAGGUAUUAUUGUGAGAAAUCAAGAGGGCGCUAGAACAAGUUUCGUUGUCUCAAGUCUUGAUAAAGAUGGCGAAGCCGCAAAAUCUAAACAGAUUCACAUUGGUGACGAAAUUGUUAAAGUUUGUAGUCGAAGAUUGCGAGGCAUGACUUUACUAGAAGCACGCAAUGCAUUAAAAGCUUGUUCUGGCCUAAUUGAUAUUCAGAUUGCUAAAGAACCUAAAUUUUUCUUUGAUGAAGAACUAAGUGAUGAAUCGAAUAACUCUUUGGUGAGAGUGAAAAGUGACUCUGAUAUUUGGAUGCGACAAGAACAAUCAUUUGAACAUAAAAUUCCGGAACUUUAUACAUCUUCUUUUAUUAAUAGUCUUCUAUCAAAACAAGAAAUGAAUACUUCAACAAAUAGUGUUAGUUCUAUUAAUAUGAAUGUAGUAAAUAAUGAUGUCAAUUCGGAUGCAAGCUAUCAAAAAAUCACUGGCAUGAGAAAGUUUCAAGUAAUGAAAAAGUAUUCUUCGAGUAUGGAAUAUUUUUCUCAUCAAAUUGAUAGUUUUCCUUCUAAUUUAUUCACCAUUACUUUUGAAAAAGGAACUUCAAAAAAAUUAGGCUUUACCAUCGUUGGUGGAUCAGAUAGUAGCAGAGGUAAUAUGGGUAUUUUCGUAAAGGACAUUACCGAAGAUGGACAAGCUGCAAAAGAAGGAACUUUGAAAGUUGGUGAUGAAAUUUUAGCUAUUAAUAAUCAAGUUAUACAAGGCUUAACACAUGCUGAAGCAUUGAAAGCAUUUAAGUCUGCGAAAGCAGGGAGAAUGAUUUUAUGCAUUAGUCGAAAAGAUUCGAUUCAUAGAGCAUCGUAAUUUAUUAAUUUACUUCUUUUCUAAAAAAUGAAUUAGUUGAAUUAUUUUUUUAUUUGUAUCUGAUUAUGCUAUGUAUCACUAUUAGUUAUUUAAAUCGUUUUCUAUGAUGAUCAAGACCAAUUUCUUACAAUGUAUAUUAUUUUUAUAAAUGUUACAUAUCUCCAACGAGAAAUACGCUUUACUUUUAUAAACUCAAAAUAUGCAG